AAUAGCUCUUUACAUAAAUAGACGUUCUCACGUUCUGUACUCAAUGGGAACGUUUAUUUACAUUGCGUAAAGAGCUAUUUUCCAACGACGAUGCCAAGCUUGCUGUGUGCGGGUUCGCAUAGCUGCGGCCUGCCUUCAAUUUCAAGCCUCUAAGUUUCUGCGCUUAUCCGGUGAACUUCGGCACAGUAAAAUCUGUGGAGAGAAAAAACGUGGAUAAACAUGGCAAGUAAGAAUUUCUAACACUGCAAUUUCCAACCUAUACAAUAGUGCUACUUAACUAGGUACUGCCCCUUCAAAUAAUGUCGCAUAUGCAUCAUGUGCGCGCGGCGAUUGAGCUAUUCCCCGUUCACUCCACGCGGGCAUCCCCCUUACUACCCCAGUGCAAUGCCUAGAAAAAAUCCGUUCAAAAUCAUCCCCCAACGUAACAAAGGAAGUCAUUCCGCCCCCGGCUCAUCUUCACAACCACCGCUCCCCUCGACCUCCUCCGAGUCCCCUCAUGUUCCCCAGAUCAAUAUCACUAGUCCCCAGAUACCCCGAGAUCAUGACAACACUCACAGCGAUCGACACGGGUUGCCGACGGAGCCUUAUCCUGAACCCGAAGUGACCGGCCAGGCCCUGCCUUCUAUUGAAAGAGCUUCAAAGAAAUCGGAAUCUCUUAUGGGUCAUGUAUUCGGGUGGGCCCGUAGGAAAUUGAGCCCUAAUCGCAGCAGGCCUAGUACUCCCAAUCUCGUUGAACCAUCCAGACCAGCCACGCCUCUCCAGCUGUCCGCUAAUGAUGCAGUACUUCCUUCAUUUCCCCUCGCCCGUGGGGAAAAUAUCGAUAAUCUUCGUGAAACAUCUGGCUCGUAUGCCACACAUGACAAUGGCCUGAGCCUUCAUGCACAAUUGGAACGCGAAGCUCAAGCAGUGAUCGGGGGAUGUAAUCAUCGGCGCUACUAGACUCAUUCUCCAAAAUGCGGCCUCCGCCCUUAAGUUUGCCCCGAUUCCGAAUCUUGAUGCAAUCCCGGACUUGCUUUUGAAGUGGCUCGACGUCUACGAGACUGUCGGUGGAAACGACGAAAGUCUUAAAGGACUGGACGA